AUGCUCCCUCUUCUGGUCUUUCUGGCCCUAGUGGCUCUUGCCACGGCCACCCCCUUCCCAAUCCACAUGGACGCCUUCACCUCCGCUAUCAAGUACACGCCGCACUAUCCUGGUGUCGCGCGCAACACCUGGAACGCGACGUUCGCCAACACGCCCUGGACGUCGUGGGUGAACGGCACCGACAAUGUCGGGUGGGGCGAAGGCUACCGCAUCGUGCGAAUGGACGAAUUCGCGGCACCCAACACGACGGUCGCGAGCGGACCCAAGUACAAGUGUGGUGGCAAAGACUGCCCGGCGCGCGCCGACUUCAACUUCUACGGUACAGGCAUCGAGUUCUGGGGAUACUGGGGUGCGCCGGGUGGGCCGGAGCAGCAGGGCGGCGCCGCCGUCCUCGACAACUGGAACAAUACCGUUAUGCAGGCCUCGGGCACGGUCAAUGGCGAGUAUGACUCGGACAAGCCCGUCAAGCUCGGUGAGGCCAAGUUCCUGCUUGGCAACCACACUGUCGGCCUCGUUCCGCUCUGGGGCAACGUCGCGUUCACGCACAUGGUCGUAUACAUGGACCUUGACGGAAGCGCCGACAACAUUGCUUUCUCCGCCGCGAAUCCGACAAUCCUCAACCUCGCCCUGCCGACCAACACAUCCGAGCCGCACCCGUACGCAAUGAAGAACCCGGACGUGCCCAUGGUGCUCGAGCAGAACUGGGUGCCCGGCAACGCGGUGGGCUGGGACAGCAAGCAGCCAAACAAGAACUACACGCGCAUGGGGACGUGGGAGAGCAAUGCGCGCCUCUCACUCCCGGUGCCGCGCGGCCACCGCUUCCUGCGCAUCAACGGCACCAGCGGCUGGAACCACGGCACGUUCCGCGUAGACAUCACACCCGCGCCCCCCGGCCGCAUCGGCACCGAGUACCACGACACGAGCGUGUCGUGGAACACGCCGAACACCACGUUCUACGCCGCCGCGCUGGACCCGCGCGAAGCGUACGCCGUGUCCCUCACCAACCUCGGCAGCACGGGUGGCGACACGACAUACCUCUGGUUCGACAUCCACGCGUUCGAGCUCUGGCCUGUGGGCGCGCACGAGAACCGCGUGUUCAAGGGCGUGAUUGCCGGCGCGGCCGUCGGUGGCGUACUUGGCUUCAUUCUGAUCGUCGCCGCCGCCCUCGUCUUCUGGCGCAUCAAGAAGCGCAAGGCCGCCGUGUCACCCGAAGACCCCAAGCCCGAAGUCCCCCUCAACGACACGGACGCCGGCACUGUUCCCGUCUUCCCGCCCAACUACGACGAGGGGUGGAGCGCCGCGCUUGCGGCUACUUCGCCUAUGCGUGAGGUGCCCGCCCCCGCCCCCGCUCCCGCCCCCACCAGCGCAGCCCCAGUCUCCGUCGCUUCGGCUGCGGCUCCGUCCGUGCCCUCGGUCCUCAGCCCGCAGGAUAGAUACGAGCAGGAGCGCGAGCUGAUUAAGAGCGCAGCCUACCGCGGCGCCGUGAGCCGUGAGGCUAAUUGA